GAUAAACGACCCUCCUUCAUGUUCAUAUCAUCUUGCCUCAUCAGUCGCGCACUUUUCCUUAACUAUAAUUUAUUCUUUAAAUGGUUUUAAAUUGAUGCGUUCCUCGUCGCCUAGUAGUAUACAAGAACUUCAACUCAACAGACAGUUCAAUCGACACUUUUCCACUGAGAAAAUGGAGGAAGAAGCUCCUCAUCAAUGGCUGAACCUAGCACUGAUCUCUCUCUCCCUCCUCUUCCUCCUCUACAGAUUCUUCCUCCACAAAAGCACGAAUCCCAACCACCGCCUGCCACCGAGCCCUCCUUCCCUCCCUAUCAUCGGCCACCUCCACCUGGUCAAGGAGCCCCUCCACCGAACCCUACAUGAUCUCUCGCUCCAGCACGGCCCAGUCUUCUUCCUCAGGUUUGGCUCGCGCAAAACCGUAGUUGUCUCCUCGCCGCUGGCCGUCGAGGAGUGUUUCACUGGGAAGGAUGUCACCUUCGCCAACCGGCCCCACUUGCUGCCGGGCAAGCUCCUCGCCUACGACUACAGCACCAUGGGCUCAAGCCCUUACGGUGACUACUGGCGCAACCUCCGCCGUUUCACAGCUGUGGAGAUGUUCUCCGCGAGGCCCCUUGCUGAUUACUCCGCUGUCCGGCAGGAAGAGGCUCUUUCCCUGGUGAGGCAACUGUUUCGAGAUCACUGCUGUCUCGGAGACCGGAAAGAUAGGGAAUGGCUGGAGGUGGAUAUGCGGUGGAGGUUGUCAGAUCUUACCCUGAAUGUGAUGAUGCGUAUGAUCGCCGGAAAGAGCUACUUCGGGACGGACCAGGUGUCGGAGGAAGGGAGGGAGUUCAGGGAGAUCAUGAGAGAGUUCUCGCAGCUUUUCGGAAGGGCUGGGUACAUCGGGGAUUUCAUCCCAGCGUUGUGGUGGGCGGAUUUUCACGGGGUGAAGAAGAAGAUGAAGAGCGUGAUGAGGAAGGCGGACGUGUUUUUCCAGCAGCUGGUCGACGAGCACAGCGGGAAAAGGAACAAGCCGUCGGUGGCGGCGUCAGUGUCCUCAAAAGGGGUCCAGGGGACGAGAUCAUCGAGGACGACCUUCAUCGAUCGGAUGUUGGACGUCCAAGAGCAGGAUCCGGAAUUCUACACCAAUACAACAGUCAAAAGCCUCGUUCAGGCAAUGCUGGUUGGUGGAGGCGACACCACGGCCACCGCGAUAGAAUGGGCAAUGAUACUUCUCCUCAACCACUCCGAAGCAAUGCGAAGGGCUUGCGACGAAAUAGAAUCCAAAGUUGGACAUGACCGCCUCCUUGAAGAAUCCGACCUCGCUAAUCUCAGCUAUCUUCAGAACGUCGUUAGCGAGACGAUGAGGUUGUAUCCAUCAGCUCCUCUUCUUCUACCACAUGAAUCCUCGGAAGACACCACCAUCGGUAACUUCCACGUUCCGCGAGGUACGAUGCUGCUGGUAAACGCGUGGAGCCUUCACCGGGACCCCAAGCUAUGGAAGGAUGCCGAGAGUUUCAUGCCGGAGAGAUUUGACGGCGGCCAAGAGAGUAAUGAAGGGUUCAAAAUGAUUCCCUUCGGUGCGGGAAGGCGAGCAUGUCCUGGGGCUGCUCUUGGGAGGAGAGUGGUGGGGUUAGCGUUAGGAGCAUUGCUCCAGUGCUUCGAGUGGCGGAGAGUUGGCUUGGAGGAGAUCGACAUGACGGAGGGCAACGGCCUCACUGCACCGCCGGCGGAGCCUUUGCAGGCCUUGUGCAAGCCGCGUGAAAUCAUCACGCCCUUCCUGGCCAGUGGAGAUGAUCACAUUCGUGAAGAAACGAUGAAGAAAUGCUAGCUAGAGACACCAAAAACCUACAGUACGCGUAAGGUUAGGAAGCAACAUGGAACAAUAUGAAGUGGAGUAAUCUUUCUGGAUGUUUUUAUUUUACACUAGCCCUAUGAAAAUAAGUUAAAGACUACAUUCGAUUUAGCUUUCCAAGGAGUUUUGAGCUCUAAAA